AUGGGAGCAAAGGUUGGUACUAAGGGAAGGGAAAACGAGGGAGACAUUAACGCUGCUAGCACCACCAACGUCAAGCAGGAUGGUGGAAAGAAGCACCUUAACAGUAACGAGGAAUUGUUACUCGAUUCUACACCAAGCGAAGCGCUGACAUCUCACUCACUUUUGACCACUGAAGCGAGUGAUGAUGAACGUGGUGAGGAGCCCAUUGACAUCAUGCUCGGAGUAGAGUGGAUCGCAAGGGUUGACACGGCGAGGAAGGCUGUGGAGAUCAUAGGCAAGCGCUUGAACGAAGUCGAUAGUAAAUUCAAGACUCUCGAGGAUUUCUCCCUUGAGGAGAAUGAAAACAUCUGCAAGAAAUUGGAGGGGCACCAGCAUGCCAAAUAUGAGAUGAAGGAAGUCAUCACUUCCUUGGAGUGCCGACUCUUGGAUGUGCUAAUCAGGAUUGAAUCCAUAAGAGCCAUGAUGAAAUCAGUCAAAAAGGGCAUUGAAGUUGGAGGACUUGUGUCGCUCAACAAAGAUAGGGAGGCCAAGGUUGAGGCUCCCAAGCUAUCGAUGUUCAAAGGCGUUCGUGAUUAUCCUCACGUUUUGAAGGAGCACCGCGCUAUAUUUCACAAAGUUUAUACAAUACUUAUCUCAGAUUUUGGUGGGCAGAUAAACUCACUUGAUUUUCAUCGGACAGAAGAUUUGCUGAUAACCGCUAGUGAGGAUGACUCAAUUCGACUUUUUGACAUUGCCAAUGGAAAGUUGCUGAAGACUACAUAUCAUAAGAAGCAUGGAGCUGAUCGAAUAUGCUUUACCCACCACCCUCAUUCUGUUAUAUGCUCUUCAAUACACAACUUGGAUGUGCAUGGAGAGUCUUUGCGGUACCUAUCCAUGUACGAUAAUCGAUGUCUUCGUUACUUUAAGGGACAUAAAGAGAGGGUUGUGUCACUGUGCAUGUCUCCGGUUAAUGACAGCUUUUUGUCUGGAUCUCUUGACCAUAGUGUGAGAAUAUGGGAUCUUCGCGUAAAUGCAUGCCAGGGGAUUUUGCGUCUAAGAGGUAGGCCUGCAGUUGCUUAUGACCAACAAGGCCUCGUCUUUGCAGUGGCAAUGGAAGGGGGUGCCAUCAAAUUGUUUGAUUCAAGACAUUUUGACAAGGGUCCCUUUGAAACCUUCCUAGUGGGUGGAGAUACAGCUGAGGGUGACAUAAAAUUCAGCAAUGAUGGAAAAUCAAUGCUUUUAACAACUACUAGUAAUAGCAUCUAUGUGCUUGACGCCUAUGCAGGAGAGAAGCGGUGUGGGUUUAAUCUGGAUCCUUCCCCGACAGCAAUGGAGGCAACCUUUACACCAGACGGCCAGUAUGUUUUUCAGGUAUUAGGAGAUGGAAGCUUGCAUGCGUGGCACAUCGACACGCAAAAAAAGAUUUGUAGCUGGGAUAGCCACAUAGGUGUGGCAUCGUGCUUGAAAUGGGCGCCAAGAAGAGUCAUGUUUGUUGCUGCAUCAUCAGUUCUUACCUUUUGGAUUCCUGAUCAUAGAGGUCCUGGUGAAGCCGCUGGAGUCCAAGUAGAAGAACAAGUUACUCUUACUCAAUGACGUCUUUAUAAGUUACAUGUGGGUGUAAACACACCUGGGCACUCUUAGAAGUUAUAUGGCCAUUGUUGAUUUGAUUCU